GGAAAUCAAAAGAAAAGCAAAAAAGAAUAAAAAAAAAAUGAGUUCAUCAUCGGGGAUUGAAACACCGGAUGUAGUUUGCGAGCUGGAUAAUGUUCAAGGCAUGGUUGAUGCUCUCACUUGUGUCCGCUGGAAACGCCAUCAGGAUGCAGUUUUGGAAUUAAGUGAGCAUGGAAUUGUUUUGAUUGUUGAGGAUACCGGCUGUCUUCAAGCAAAAGUUUAUCUCCAGAAAGAGCUUUUUGUACGUUAUGAGUAUAGUGCACAUGGGCGGCCUAGAUUUGGAGUAAGCUUGGGGUUGUUUGUGGAUUGCCUCAGCACAUUUUGUAUUCCAGGACAUUCAAGCACAAUCGAGUUCCAAUAUCCGGGGCCUGAUAUGCAACUUCUUCUCAAAUCGACUGAUUCAUUAAGUACUUGUACUUAUGCGGAGAUCAGAACUAGGAUCCCAGAUACAAUCUCAUGGGACUACAAUUUUGAACCUGUAGGAAGCACUCCCAUCAGUUUUACUGUUAAGUCAGCAGCCUUGAAAGAAGCAAUCGACGAUCUGGAAUGGCCAGGAUCGAGCAUCGAAAUAAAUCUCCAACCAACGCCCCCGUCAGUUACUUUCAAAGGGGAAGGCCAUGGAGACUUACAGAUAGACUUUAUGUAUUAUGCUAACAUGGAUCUCCUGGUUGCUUUUAACUGUGAUCAGGUUGUGUCUCACAGGUAUAAGUACAAGUUUCUUCGUGCAACAACUUCCAACAUACCAAGCAGUGUUAUUAAAGAUAACAGAGGAAGCAAACUGACUAUUGGGAGAGGCGGGAUGUUAAAAGUCCAACACUUGGUAUCGGUUGCAAGGCCAGCUAAUUCUCACCCGCAUAUAGAUUCAGCUGGCUACCAGCCGCCUAGCCGCAUUGCUUACAUUGAAUUCUUCGUCAAGCCACAGGUAGAUGAAGACGGUGCAUAUGAUUCCUAGGAGAUUCAAAUAAUUCAUGUACAAGAAAACACGGGUGGAAGAGCAACAGAGCAAAAAUAUAUUAGUAAUAUCGCAUUUUUGUUUCAAAUUAGCUUUAUGAUCACUAGAGCACCCGGAAAUGGAUAUAAGGAUGAAGUAAUGAAGUUUCUAAGUAUGUUAACGGAAAACUUUGAAUUCAAA